UUUUAAUUAGCUAGAUAUAGCAGUACACACAUAAAGGAAUAUGGAAGAAGAGAAGAUAUCACUGUUGAUGAAAAAUUGGGCGAUCGAUAUUGAUGUUUUGAAUAGAGAUUCCCAGAAGGCGCGAUGGAAUAAGCCUUCUAUUUACAAGUUGCCGGCACCUACCACAGGUGGUAGCAGUUUCCACCAUAACGAUAACAAUAAGAAGUCCGCUGCUUACCUUCCUUACACUGUCUCCUUUGGUCCUUACCAUCACCACAAGGGUGACCAUCUGAAGAAGAUGGAUCCCCAUAAGCACCGCGUCCUCGGUCAUUUCCUAAGAAGAUACAACAUAAAUCCCCAAAAACUUGUCGACUCACUCACCACCACCAGCUGCGGACGGCAACAGGUAGAUCAUGUUGACGAGGCCAAUACUGAUCCAAAAGCGUUACCUAUACUUGCUGAGGAGGAGGUAUUACCUGUACUGCAGCAUCUCAUGGAUUCUUAUGACUCCGUGGAUGAUGAGUGGCUCUAUGAUCGAGAUGGGUUCUUGAAGCUCAUGAUACUUGAUGGGUGUUUCAUGCUUGAAAUUUUACAGUGGUCGUCCGUAUAUGACAAUCACAACGCAUUAUCAUCUGGAUCAGUUACAGCAGCUACAUCCUUGGCCGGCUCAAUUGAUGACUACUUCUAUGCUGACAACGACCCUAUAUUCAGUCGUCAUGGCAAGUUAUAUGUCAUGUCUCACAUAAGGAGGGACAUGUUGAUGCUCGAAAACCAACUCCCUAUGCUUCUUCUUAAGACUUUGCUCGGUGCCGUUCUACCCACUCAACAGAAGGAGGAUAUCGAAGAGCAUUUGAACACGAUUGCAUCCAACUUCUGUAGAGGCAAUUCAAGUUAUAGAAAUCAAAAUACGGGUUCAUGUUUGCACGUAUUAGACCUCUACAGGAAGAGUCUGUUAUCUAUUUUGCCAGAAGACCUACGGGAAGGCUCCGCCCUUAAAAAUAAGAACUCCGGUGAUCAUUACUGUUGGGGUCGCAGUAAGGCGAAAGGUCCCACUAUUCUAUUUUCUGGUCAGACGGCGAGUGCUGAUCAGAAGAAUAGUACUGCUGGUAGCGAUGGCACCGGUGAAGAUAUCAUAAGGUCGGCAAUGAAUCUUCAUGACUCUGGUAUCAAGUUUGAGAAAAGUACGGAUAACCUGACUGACAUAUGGUUCGAAGGUCACGUACUGAAACUCCCGGUGAUGGUCAUCGACGACAUUACAGAAUCAACGUUACUCAACCUGAUGGCAUUCGAGAGGUUCCACGUAGGAGCAGGGAACGGGAUCACGUCAUACGUGUGCUUCAUGGACAAUAUCAUUGAUUCCUCGGACGAUGUUAAAAUUUUGAGGUCCGCUGGGGUUUUGCACAAUGCGAUAGGGAGUGACAAGGCAGUGGCGAAGUUGUUUAACGAGAUGACCAAGGACGUAACACCUGACCCUGAAAGCAGGCUAGAGAAAGUAGUGCAGAAGCAGUUGGAUGAAUACUGCAGGAGCCAGUGGCACGAGUGGCGUGCUAAUCUUUGCCACACCUACUUCAAGAGCCCAUGGGCUCUUCUCUCACUCUUGGCUGCAGUAUUUCUCUUGGCUCUCACCAUAUGUCAGACAUUCUAUACCAUUUAUCCAUACUACAAGCCCAGUGGAAAAUAGUACUUCUUGUACCCUCCCUUCUCUACAUGGUCAGUAGGUGCGCAGGGCCAGAGAACUGUCCGUGUUAACUAACGAUAUCACAACUGCAACUAUCAGUUUUGUGUCAAUAAUCAUCCCCAAACGGUUUCAAUCAGCUAGUUUAAAAUCGAUAAUAGUAUAUACAGUACAUAUUAAUUGUCCAACAACAACUACCGUAAUACUGGCAUAUAUAUUA